AUGCUGCAGAUCAUCGAGCAGAACCCGCCGCCCCGUGCCCUACUCCCGACGCCGGCCGCCCUCGCCAUCACCGGCUCGCCGCCCUCGCCGGUCGCUGGCCAGAGCCCAGCCUCCGUGGCUCUAGGAGGAUCCCUUUCCUUUUCCCGCCCCCCUGCGAGCUGCUUGCACGUGCGCCUCUGCCCUGCACGUGUGCGGUGCCGCGUCCCUGCCCCUGCCUGUCUGACGCCCCUGCUAAGCCGGCCGCGGCCGCCCAGUGCCCCAGUGCCCAUGUCCUGCGGUAGCAACUCAGCUGAGCCCGAUUUAAGAAUUGUUGAAGAAAUGAAGAGGACCAGAUACAUUGUUUUUCUUUUUCAAAGAGAAGCUAUGAAGAAAAGGAAGAAGAAGGCAGAGGCUAUGCCAGAUGUGGCCAUCGAAAUCUUGUUGAUCUCUCGGUUCAGCUUCUUCAAACAGGGAGACAUAUUAUUCAUAAUUUGGUGUACUUGCUUCUAAAGUUGGUACCGAUUCUACCGGUGGCCACGACAAAUAUUGAGAGAGCAUUUUCUGCUAUGAGUUUAGUAAAGAGCAAGUUGAGAAAUGAGAUGGGUGAUAGCCUUUUGGAUGAUUGCCUAGUCACAUACAUUGAGAGGGAUAUUUUCUCUGAGGUGAAUGAAGAUGAUAUAAUUUAUACCUUCAUGGCAUUGCAAAAGCGUAGACCAGAAACAUAGUCUUUUUGAACUUCUCAAGGUAUGUACUAUGCUCCAUGUAGUAUACCAUGUAGGCUUCUUUAUGCAAAAUUUGGACUUAAUUGAGAAUUACUUAGACUUAGUUGAG